AUGGCUUUUGAUAAUCAGAAAAUAUUUUCCCAAAUCAUAAACCCUUAUUAUUUUCUCCCAUUCUUCCGCGAAAUCUCCAUCUCCAAUCUGAUCGUCUUCCAUCUCCAAUCCAACCAUCUUCCGGCCUCGUCACCAUUCGCCCCUACUCCUGGCCGUCUGUUCACUCUGGUGUGGCCAUCUAUUCGCUCCGAUGUGUCCAUCGUUUUCGUCUUCUCCGGCGCUGCCAUUCGUGCCCGCCGUCACUUCCUCUGCUGGAUUCAAUAUUUAACAAAAACGUCUACAUGCUUGCAAGAGAUGAGUCUUGAAGAAGCGAUAGGAUACGUUGCAUCUGAUGAACUUAUUAAGGGAGAUAGAUCUCUUGCUAGUUCCUUAUUCCUCAUAUCCCAGCCUAAAAAUAAUCCAAAGGCCUCCCUUUUUACUAGCCAGCAAGAUUCCAAUAGCAUUGGAUAUGGCUGUUGAAUUUCGAUCCAGAGAUUCUGACCUAUGGAAGCACAUUUAUGCAGAUGAGUACAUGAAAUGUGAAGUGAUAGUGUGUUGUGAAUCUUUAAAAAAUGUCCUGAAUGUUCUGGCAGUUGGAGAAAAUGAGAAAAGGUUCCAAGCUACAUUCCUACUUAUUGAACCAAACAUCAUCAAAUAAUCAUAGUUCUUUCGUUUUUGUCAGUUGCAGUUUUUUUUUGUCGACUUUGACACUUGAACAAGUUUUUUUUUUUUUUUUUUUUUUUUUAUGAGGAUAUAUUAAGAAUCUUGCUUUUAAGGCUUCCUCUUUUCUCUCUCGCUUUAUUUAAAUGAUAGUAAAUGGUUCAAAUUAGUUUAUUACAACAAUGAUUUGUAUGUAGUUUCAUUUAUAAUGUCAAUAUAUCAAAAUUCUUGAUUAAUGUCAA